GCAGCCUCGGUGGGCGGGGCGUGAGCUGCAGAAGCUCCACCGCUCCGGGUUGAGCACCCCGGCCAGUUGACGGUGCCCGCCGCCAGGGCUGUGCGCUCCCUGCGCGUUUUCCGGCGGAGUGAGCUCAGCGCGGACAGGGAUAGAGAAGCUGUUUCUCAAUUUCCCCUGGAUCGAAAUUCGCAGUGGAGGUUUGACGCUUCUGUGGAAAUUGAGAACUCGUUGAGAAGAAGGAAGAAAACAAUAUGAAGAGGAAGAAGGAAGAGCUAAGGGAGCGCCUCAGUGCCUUGGACUGCCCUCAUGGCCCGGUUGGUUUACACAACAUUGGACAGACCUGCUGUCUUAACUCCCUUAUUCAGAUAUUAAUUAUGAAUGUGGGCUUCACGAGGAUAUUGAAGAGGAUAACAGUACCAAGGGGAACAGAAGAGCAAAGGAGAAGUGUCCCCUUCCAGAUGCUCUUGCUACUAGAGAGGAUGCGGGACAGCCGGCAUAAAGCAGUGCAACCCUUGGAACUUGCCUACUGUCUCCAGAAGUACAAUGUUCCAAUGUUUGUCCAGCAUGAUGCUGCUCAACUCUACCUCACAGUCUGGAACCUAAUUAAGGACCAAAUCACAGAUGUGGACUUGGUAGAGAGGCUGCAGGCCCUAUAUACAAUCCGGAUGAAGGAGUCCUUGGUUUGCCUUGAAUGUACAACGGAAAGGAGCAGAAAUAGUAGCAUGCUGACCCUCCCCCUUCCUCUUUUUGAUAUGGACUCAAAGCCCCUGAAAACCCUGGAGGAUGCCCUUCGCUGUUUCUUCCAACCCAGGGAGUUAUCAGGCAAAAGCGAAUGCUUCUGUGAGAACUGUGGGAAGAAGACUUGUGGGAAGCAGGUCUUGAAGCUGACCCAUUUGCCCCAGACCUUGACAAUCCACCUCUUGCGGUUCUCCAUCAGGAAUUCGCAGACAGAAAAACUCUGCCACUCACUUUAUUUCCCCCAGAGUUUGGAUUUAAGUCAGGUCCUUCUGAUUGAGGAAGACCUCUGCAGUGCUGAGGAACAGCUUGGAAGACAGUAUGAGCUCUUUGCUGUGGUUGCCCAUGUUGGGGCAGCUGACUUUGGUCAUUACUGUGCCUAUAUCCAGAAUUCUGUGGAUGGAAAAUGGUUCUGCUUCAACGACUCCAAUGUUUGUUGGGUAUCCUGGGAAGACAUCCAGUGUACUUAUGGAAAUCAUAACUACCGCUGGCGGGAAACUGCAUAUCUUCUGGUUUACAUGAAGAUUGAAUCCUAAUGGAUGUACCCUAAACUGUCAGAGACUGACAAAGUUUCAUUUUCCUUUUCUAUCCCUGGAUCUGCUGACUCUCUCAAGAGAUUUUGCAGUGAGAAGGAUCAUUUUCAAAUUGUGUAGUUAAAUUUUAUUUAUAAUCGGGGUUGAUUAUCAAAAUAUUUACCAGUAACUCUGCAUGGGUCUUGAUCAGUCAGAAUAGAUACUUCCACUGGCUAGAGCCAGGACCUGAGUGCUUCCUGCUGUGGAAGGCAUGAAUCCUUUAGUUAGGAGAGUAGAGGGGGUCGAAGUGUUCCCAGGGGAGGGGAAACCAGGCCAACAAUUGUAAUGGGAGGCAUUCAGGUGGCAAGGGGCAGUGGUAAGGAAGUAUUUCAGUAUUUUACAGCUAGUUUGACUGUACUGGUAUGUACUGGCAGAAUAUUAUUUUUGUUUAUAAUUUAAAACAAUUUUAGAACCCAUACUACUUUAACAAAAGUGAAGUGUUUUAUAA